CACCACGGACGAACUGCGCGUGCGCCGCCCCUUCAACGGACAGCCGCUCUGCCCGCCUGCGACUCUUUGGUGCAGGAGCUCGACGAGUUCCCGUUUUUAAAGCACGACGGCGCGAAGAGGAGAGGGCGAGAGCAGGAAAAAACGACGGCCGCCCUUGCAAGAUGCCGAAACCGCCGCAGGAAGGCCCGAACCCCUUGUUUACGCGAUGGCUGCAGGAAUGGCGCGACCAGGCCGCGGAACGCGGGCGCCCCAAGAGCCAGCGCGCCUAUGAACGGGCGCUGAGCUCUCUCCGCAAAUACCCCCUCCCUCUGCGCAGUGGGCGCGAGGCUAGGAUCCUUCUGUAUUUCGGUGAGAAGAUCUGCCGGCAGCUGGACGAGCAGCUGGAGAAACACCGCAGCACCCAGGACGGUUCAGCACUGCCAGGUUUGCCAGCCCCGACGUCUUCUUGGAAAGGGUGUGAAGAUGGUGGCGACCCAACUUUCAGCGACAGCCCAGCGCUGCCCCCUGCCCCAUCGUCUCUGGAGCCAGCUCAACGCCAAGAGCAAUGCUCAAAGAAAAAACAGAUCGUUGCACAGCAUCGUGCCCGGGGGUAUGUGCCCACUCGGCGUUCUCCAGCUUAUGCGGUACUGUUGGCCCUCUACCGCAACACCAUGAAUCCUGAUUCCCGGGGCUAUCUGACAAAACCAGAGCUGCAGAAAACUGCUCAGCCUCUGUGUGAUAAAUCCUUCUUUCUGGUCGAUCCUGGAAAUAAGAGCACUGCCUGGUCUGCCGUCGGCACUCUGAUUCGCAAGGAGCUGGUCCUCAAGACUAAUAUCCCAGCCAGAUAUUCUCUGACAGAAGCAGGGCUAACCUUAGCCCGGGAGCUGCAUGCCUCCGAAGAGCUGAAGGAAAACAAUUCCCAUGCCCUGAAAGCCGCCGCAUCCCGAACCAGAGAACUUGUGCUUCUGGAGGAAAACGACGGGAGCGCGUUGGGCUCCGAACACUCCGACCGGAGCACCCCCAGCAAAUCGAGCCACGAAGAGCCUAACUCGGGGCUGUCCAAACCCCAGUUUGUUUUUGAACCGGGACAGUUUGAUAUUAUUCUCUGUGUGGAUUUCAUCGAGACUACGGGCGGACCCACGUCCCGGAAGCAGGACCUGGUGAGCGAACUUCAGCGUCACAAUGUCCCGUUUAGCAUCCGGAAGCUUCACGUUGGUGAUUUUCUGUGGGUUGCCAGAGAGAGAGCCCCUCUUGCUGCAGAGCACCUGCAACCGACUUCGGUUCGGGAGCUGGUUUUAGACUACGUGGUGGAACGAAAGCGGAUGCCUGAUCUAUGCGGGAGCAUCAUCGACGGUCGCUUUCGCGAACAAAAGUUCCGCCUGCGGCAGUGUGGCAUUUCCCACCCCAUCUACCUGGUGGAAGAUUCGGGUUCUGCGCAACAUCUCAGCCUGCCGGAAAAGACCCUGCACCAAGCCAUCGUCAAUACUCAGGUCAUAGAUGGCUUCUUCGUCAAACGCACCCGCGACAUUCGGGAAUCCGCAGCCUAUCUGACCAUCAUGACCCGUCACCUCACCAGGCUGUAUCAGGACAAAAUGCUUUUGAGCUGUACCAAAGAGGAACUGGAGGGUGAGCACCCCCUGCAGCCCAGGCAGGGCACCUACAAGCUCCUGACAUUUGCUGAAUUUAACGAAGGGGCUGUAAAGAACAAGGCACAGACGGUGUACGAGGUCUUUGCAAGGCAGCUGAUGCAGAUCAGCGGCCUCAGCGGGGAAAAGGCCGCGGCGAUUUUGGAAAGAUACAAAACACCCGCCAGCCUGAUGGAAGCGUAUGCUGCGUGUCCGGAUCCAGAGAGCCGAGAGCUACUGCUGAGCAGCGUCAAAUGUGGCCAGCUGCAGAGAAAUCUGGGUCCUUCUCUUAGCAAAACUUUGGCCCAGUUGUAUUGUACAUCAGGACCGCUGCCUUAAACACCAAGAGGCUGUGAGAAGUGUGUGCUUAGGAAGAGUGUGUGUGAAGAGACACACACACACACAGAGAAAGAGAGAGGAAAUAAUGGCAUUUACUGUCCUGUCAAUGAAGAGAAGGCUUUGGGGAUUCCCACAGUUGGUCACCCCUUGUAAAACACAGGGAAAGGGGGGUGCAUCAAAGUCCCGUGUGCAAGGUCUUUACCGACUCGAACUGCACUUCCUUGCACAAACUGAGAGGGGAAGCGAUUUCAUACACACACGCACACCUCCCCAGAAGAGGGUUUGGGUAAAUGCUCUUACUGGGUGCUCCCUGGGGUGCUGAAUCCUGCCUAACCGUGCCUUGUUUGAUUGGAAACAACUGAAGAAACAUACCCGAAUGCUAAUAAAAAUCCUAAGAAAAUUGUCCUAAUAGUCCAAUAAAAUUUCGAGUAGUUUUUAAAAACAAA